AACCCCGUAAACUCACUUUGCACAAAUGUAUAUACUUACUUACUAAAAUAGUCUGCCGAUGCGACUGCACACUGCAAUGCGUUUUAUAAUACCAGAACACUGUAGUUGGUCAUUUUACACUUGUUUACGUCUCUAAACGAUCAACAGGGGAAUCUAUUAGCAUCAAAACAGGAAUGGCUAAACAUGCGGUGUUGUUAUCGGGGGGCAAACUGUGGAGAUCAAUGUCUUGUGCAAAGUCAGAGCUGCGUUUAGAUCUCACUCUUGCCUGUGGACAAUCUUUCCGCUGGAGAGAAACUGCAGAAGGACAUUGGACUGGGGUGAUGAGAGGGCGAGUGUGGACUCUGACCCAAACAGAUGACACUCUUUGGUACCACGUUUACAAAAACCAGGACCAACAGAAGGAGAGAGGUGACAGGGGGAGCACCGCUGAUGUUUCUUUAGAGGAUGAAAACAAGGCAGAGAAGACAUUCAAAUGUGAUCUGAAGAAAGAAGUGGAGGAGCCACUGGCUGUUACUUCAGUACAGAACAAUGAGGAGGAAGAGGAGAUGCUGAGAGAUUACUUCCAGCUGGAUGUAAAGCUUGGGGAUCUAUACAGGGAGUGGGGAGCAGCAGACUGCCACUUCAAGCACAUUGCAGACAUCUUCACUGGUGUGCGAAUGCUGCGGCAGGACCCCACUGAAUGCCUGUUUUCCUUCAUUUGCACCUCCAACAACCACAUCUCACGUAUUCAGGGCAUGGUGGAGAGACUGUGUGAGGCUCUGGGCGCCCCGCUGUGCCAGCUGGAUCAAACUUCAUACCACGACUUUCCUGCCCUGUCUGCACUUGCAGACAGCAGCGUAGAGGCACGCCUCAGGGAUCUCGGGUUUGGAUACAGGGCUCGGUUCCUCCAGCAGAGUGCGAAGCAGAUUCUAAACACCCAUGGGUCUCAGUGGCUUGACGGUUUGCGCAGAGUCCCAUACCUGGAGGCCCGUGAUGGUCUUCGUACUCUUCCUGGCGUUGGUACCAAGGUAGCAGACUGUGUAUGUCUGAUGUCCCUGGAUAAGUCGGAGGCUGUGCCUAUCGACACACACGUUUGGCAGAUUGCCAAGCGAGACUAUAAAUAUGCUGCUGGCAGUGGACAAAAGAGCAUCACAGAUAAGCUUCACAGAGAUAUUGGAGAUUUUUUUAGAAAACUGUGGGGACCUUAUGCUGGUUGGGCACAGUCGGUGUUGUUCUGUGCAGACCUCAAGAAGUUCCAAAGCCUCAAAGAAAUGGCACAUCUGAAGCAGCCAAAACAAGAGGAUGUAGAAGAGAGAAUAGCUGCAUGCAAGAAACCGAAAAUGAAGAGAGAAUAUAAUGGAACUGUGAAGAACCUGAAAACCGAGCCGGCAUGUCACAAGAAAGCAAAGAUAUCUGUCAAAAAGGAGAAGGUGGGAUGAGGUAAACAAGCUUCUUACAUCAGGAUUUACAUCACUUUAUAUUACCAAACAUUUUCACACACCUUUUCUGAUUCAGCUGACUUAUUAUUCAGAAACAUGACAAAAAGCAGAUUAUUGUGUACAAUUUCUCAGGUUUAUUGGGUGUUUACUGUAACAUUUGGUUUGACUACUAUCCUAUGAGUUCACUGCUACAAAUAGAGAUUUUUUUUUUUGACAAUAAAGAUGAAAUAUUUCA